AUGUUCCGCCCUACAUUACUCCGCACUUUGCGCCCUACACGAAGCUCGGUCCGCUCCUUCUCCAUCCGACAGCGUCUCCAACAAGAGCAACCGCAGUAUCAAGCUCCAGGCCAGCCCGAAGCUGCGAAGCCGAAUCCGCAUCGACGAGUCUACAAGCAAGGCGGACCGGGUCGUGCCAUCGCAUAUAACUUCUUGAUCGCUAUGGUCACGUUUCAAGUUCUAUAUUGGGGUUGGCUGAAGCUGGAGAGCAUCGAGACGAAGCAAGAGAAGGGAGACGAGAUCAAGAAGUUGGAGGGCGAGGUGGAGAAAUUGACUGGCGCGAAGGCCAAGGACUGA